CCCCGACCUCGGAGUGUACUCGGUGUGGCGCGCCGGAUAGUCACAGGCACGCGCGUCGGGACGACAGGUCUGUGUGCUUGGAGAAAGAAGGAGGAAAGAAACGCUGGAGAGAGGAAUGAUGGCGGUGAAGCAGUGACAAGUUUUGGGAAUGUAAAUUGAACGAAAGAGUACUUAGACGUCUCCAUAAGACACAGAAAACGCAGGAAACAGAGAUGUCCGCAGUCUAUGUGAACUGAAGAAAGGCGCCGGGAACAGCUCAGCAGGACUCAUGGCACAGUUCAAGUAGGAAAAAGAGGGCGCGUAUGAAACGCCAACGGACCGAGAAAUAAAGACUUGGAUGGAUAUAACUUGUUUUACGCCUGUCCAGUUAGAAGUCUUAUCUGCAUUGUCCAUUUCACCUCUGAAAAAUGAUCAAGACCGAAAGCAAAAGCGACAGGACCCUAAGGAGCUCAUCUCCUCAUAGAAAUGCUUACAAGUCAGACUUCCACGCAAUUAAAUGCUCUUUUGAUGGGGCUAAAUCCGACAGUGCUCCCAAGUCUUAUGCAAAUGGCUCUAGCGAGCCCCGGGAGGAGGCGAGGGGAAGACCGUUCGGCAACAGGGUGAAUAAGAUCAAAAACAUUUUCUUGCAAAUGGAUGGCCAGCAACAGGAGAGCCAAGAGGUGAAAACAGCCAUCAAAAGCGAUUCACCGCUUGUUACUCUGCAAAAACCACAAUGUGUAGCCAGUGCUCAUAGAGCUAGUUUAGGUAGUGUUAACAGCCCAGAGUCUCAGGGCUCAGACAGAUCGCCUAAGGGAGAUGAUGUGGAGAUUGAUAAAGCAGCACUGGCAGAGAAGUUCUCUGUGACCAGGAAAUUGUUUGAGAAGGGCAUCAAAGAUCAGCCUGAAAAACUAUCCCCCACUAAAGCAACAGGUCGGGUCUCUCUGGGCAGCGUGACUGACGAGGGGAGGGUUAGCAGACGAUGCUCUGGUUCUUCAGAGGUUGCCGUUGUUAGUGUCCGAGCUGAUCUCAGCCCUACUCCACUUAACAAAACAGCCCAGCAGGAUGACAGGGGCAACAGUGAAGAAAAGCGUCAGGGCUCUAGGUCCUCUCUGAAUGCUGGCCCCAUCUCCAGAAGGCUGGAGAACUUCAUGGCAGACAGUGAUGGUGAGGAGACGAGCAACAAGACCACACCCGGAGCAGUGGACAGUGGGAAUCUGUCCAGUGCCUCUGAGCGCUUGUUGGCCAUCUCCCCAGUUGGUCAAGGUCAAAACUUUCACAAACCCACCUCCCGAGUUAGCGAUGGUCUUUGCAAACCCUCUGCUGGCACUGCCACAACCAAACCUCCCAAUCCUUCUGCAACGGAUCUGAAACAGGCUUCAGCAUAUGCCAGCUCCUUGUACGGUUCCAGCAAAGCCAAGGUCCUGGACGUGGCCAGGGAAGAGGGUAUGGCGCAGCGCAGCACUGGGGAUCUGCUGCCCCACCGGGCUGUCGAACUGGAUACUGCAGGAGUAGGGGUGGUCCGAGCGGAGUUGGUGGUGGUCCAGAAUGAGUCAUCAGAGAGUGAGGAAAAUGAGGACAAAAACCUAGAGGACAGUGUUUUUGAGGAACCAAACACAGACCUUACAGAGGUGCCUAAAGCAGAAAGCUCAAGUGAGCUGGGAGGAGAUUUCCCAGAGAAGCUAAGAGGGGACAGUACAAAGGAGGACAUAACAAACUCCUUAGUGGAGCUCAAGCCAGAUGCCCCAAAGGAGCCUGUGGUUGACCCUGUUGUUGAGAGUUGGGAAGAGCCUCCCACAAACCACUUCUCUCAGAAGGCAACAGGUGAGGAGUCAGAGGUCACAGAAAUGUUGGAAAAAAAGGAAAAGGGAAGUAGCAGUGAAGAGAAGGAAUUGAGAUCAGUUGAGGAGCACAGAGACAAGGUUGAGCCAGUGAGGCAGAGCAAGGAUUACAGAGAGGAGGAAGAAGGUGGGGAGGAGGAGAGUGAUCAGGAGGAUCAGGUGGAACAAAGUCCCCGGGCGGUAGUUUCUCCCAUCGUCUAUGGCAUUGAGAACGCCGCAUUUGUGGAUGACAAGGACACGGAUCAGGAACAUCACGAGGAGGCCCAUUCCUCUGAGGAGUAUGAGGAGGUGCCUGGCCUAUCAGAUGAGGAUGACCCAGGACCGCGGAGGAAGAUCAGAUUCUCCACCGCACCAAUCCAGGUUUUCAGCACCUACUCAAACGAGGAUUAUGAUCGACGCAAUGAUGAGGUGGACCCUGUGGCAGCAUCGGCCGAGUAUGAGCUGGAGAAGAGGGUUGAGAAGAUGGACGUGUUUCCGGUGGAGAUUGAAAAGGGAGACAACGGCCUGGGCAUCAGCAUUAUUGGGAUGGGAGUGGGUGCUGACCAGGGCCUGGAGAAGCUGGGAAUAUUCGUCAAGACCAUAACAGAGGGAGGAGCAGCCCAGAAAGAUGGACGCAUCCAAGUGAAUGACCAGAUAGUGGAGGUAGACUCCACCAGCCUGGUGGGGGUCACGCAGCUUUUUGCCGCCACUGUCCUGAAGAACACCAAAGGCACUGUCUGCUUCCUGAUUGGUCGGGAGAAGCCUGGGACACAAAGUGAGGUGGCUCGUCUCAUAAGUGAAACACUGGAGCAGGAGAGGAGCCAACAGCAGCAGCGCUUGGAUGAUCCGUAUGACCACUCUACAGAAGAGGAUGAACGCUAUGAGGAUGAGGAUGGUGAGGAGGAGGAGGUUCUGAGGUCAAGCUUUUCCAGGAGACCGGCGGAGGUGCUGGAUCUCCCCGAGGACGAAGACAUGUUUUUACCAUCCAAUAUGGACUCCACACACCUUCGAUUCAAAUUCAAAGAGCUCCAACUGAAGCACAGCAUUUCCUCCGCUGAGCUCCUUCAAAUGAAGGAGAGGCUGAGGGAAUCGGAAGAAAGCAAAGCAUUGUGGGAAUCCAGGCAUGCCCAGAUUCAGCAGAACCUGGAGGAGAAUCAGGAACAGAUUCAGAAGCUGGAGACGUACUGGCUGGAGGCGCAGGCGCUGUGCAAAACGCUAAACGAGCAUCUGACAGAAACACAGAGCCAGCACGACGCCCUGGACAAGAAGUACAACAAGGCCAAGAAGCUUCUGAAAGACUACCAGCAGAAGGAAAUUGACUUUGUGAAGAGGGAGGAGGAAUUGAAGCGAGCACUGGAGGAGCAGGAAAGGCAGUACAAAGAGCGAAUCGAGGGCCUGCUGGAGAGGAUUGCAGUGCUGGAGGCUGGAGCCACUGCAGAAGAGCUUGUGGGGUCCCCCUCUGGACUGGACGCUGUGGUGGAGAGGAGAUUGAGCAACCAGGAUUCCUCAGAGUUGGCCAAGAAUGCACUGUUGGGGGAAUCCUUAUUGUCAGAUCCAGACUGGGGAGAUGCAGUCCCUGAGACGGAGCGUCUGGACACCAGUGCACACCGCGCAAAGGGGCAGCUCGCCCAGAAGGCCAAGCGCCAGCCGCCAUCCCGCAGCAGGCCGAAGGACACAUUUGGGGCGGCAUUGCCCAGCGAAGUGAUGCAGAAUGAGGAUGAUGGGGUCCCUGACUCAGAGCCUCCAGUGCGGAGGAGAUCCAUUCAGGAGAGCCUGGCCCUGCCAGUGCCCAUAAUGGGACCCGGGGUCGAGUGUAACAGCGAAGGCCCUGAGACGGCGGGCCGUCAGGCCAAGGGCAGGCCUGAGGUCUUGGCCUCUCCCUCCCUGUUGGCGGGUAGCAGCUCCAGCCCCGCCCUGUCACCACCCAAAGACGCACCCUCCCCUCACUCUCCCUCGGGCUUCCUGCGAAACGUCAAGAAGAGAGAGUCCAAGGGCAAGGGCAAGGAGGCCAAAGAUGAAGCAAAUGACAGUUCAUCGACAGGAAAACCAAAAAGAAGAUUCCCUGACUUUGGUGGUCUUCGGAAGUCUGGUGGCAAAGGGAAGAAGCAUGACAAAGAGGCUUUCAGGGGUUCCCUGGACAGCAGGGGGUCCGCAGACUUGCUGGAGGAGUCCGGCGGGAACCUUUCACCCUCAGAAUCUGUGUCAUCCAUCCCUACCUGCAUGCCCUUCUCCUGGUUUGGGGACAGGGACAAGGAGCCAUCGUCCUCGAGCAGCAGCCUGCCCUACACAGCGGCUGAAGCCAGCAGUGAGCAGAGCCAGGACAGGAGGCACAAGACAAACCUUUCCUGGUCUUCCUUAUUCAGUCGCUCAUUAGAUGUGAGCCAGUUACAUGGUGGAGUUCUGCAAUGGAGUUUGUCUGUCAUAGAUGAUUCAAACCCUGGAAGUCCCAGUUCGGACUUGACAGGGCUAGUAGCGGAGCCCAGUCUGUCUGGGCGUUCGCACACUUUAACCUUCUCUUCCAAUGAGACCCUGGACGACGACCCUGCCCCCACAAACAAGGAAUACCAGUGGCAGAACCGCCCAGUGUCUGAAUGGACAACUCAGCAGGUCUGUCAUUGGUUGAUGGGCAUGAACAUGGACCAAUACACAGCAGUGUUCACAGUCAAGGGUGUGGACGGCCAGCAGCUCAUGCAUCUGGACAGUGACAAGCUCAAGGCACUAGGCGUUCUGAGCCAGAGCGACCGUGCCACCAUCAAGAAGAAGCUGAAGGAGAUGCGGAAGGCGCAGGAGAAGCUGGAGAAGCAGCGUGAGAAAAAGGAGAAAGAGGCCAGACGCAGUGGGAAGCUGCCGGUCAGCAUAGACUCUAGCUGCUGAGCUCUGCCGCCCUCAGCCUUUCUGAAUCGCGCCCGCCUGGCAGGAGGUUCUGUCACUUCCGCUCACUUUACCAUUCCACACGUACUCAUUUGCCACUGCUGGCCAACUGACAGCGUGCAGCAAUAAGUACCUCCCAGAACGUUUUUAUUUGUUAAUACACUUACGAUAUUGAUUAAUGGAUCUAAUUGUGAGUGCUUUAAAUCAGAAAACAAAUUAAUUUUAACACCUUUCAAUGAAUUUAGCUUCACACUACCAUGUGAUCACAUCACUGCCAACCUGAACUUGGAUGCAGUAGUUAUUGCCUAUCUAAUGACAUUCACCCACUCCUACCCUUAUUAUAUUUCAGGAAGUAGCCCCUUCUACAAUUGUUCCGCCACUGAAAUACUUUUCAGUGUAGCAUGUUCCACAGCUCCAAAGAUGGACAUAUGCAUACUGACAAGCUUACUGUGGGGAAGGGAGUGGGUUAGACAGGUCAGUGGCAUUAAGCUUGACAAUGGAGCUGCAUAACUAAUGAAUUGUCGAAUGUACCGCUCUUCCACAGACUGCAUUUAUCCUAAAAGCAAAACCCAUAACUAUAAUCUUUCAUUUUCAAAGUUAGUUCAAUUUUGAAGGGAAUCUCAAAGUUGAUUGUACUUGCACAUGUCAACACAUACUUUGUGUGUUGUCCUGCAAUUUCAGUGAUUUAGGUUGACCGCUUUACUUCACCCCACUAUACAAUUGGAAAAAGCAAUACCUCAUUGUUAAUGGAUUUCCAGAAACACAAGAGAAUUGUGCAAAUGCUGUCCUCUGCAAUUUCAGGAUGGAACAACUAUUACUUUUUAAUGUGUUUUAUAUAGUUUUUCUUGCACGAACAUAACCUGUAGCUAUGUACAGAUCUUUUCUUACAGGAACUUUUGUACAGUUAUUGAGAUAAAAGCACUAUAUUGCCUUUGAAAGCUACAAAAGGGUGACAUGGUUUUAAAUGUAUAAAUAAAAGGUUUUAUACAUAUGCCUAUUAACUGCAUAACUUGUUUUUAAAAAUUAAUUUUCACGACUUAAGGAAAGUUCAGCGUUUAGGUGUAUGUUUUCUACUAAGUAGAAUAGGCAGUAGUACGGGACCACUUUUCCAAAAGAAAGCAAUGUUUACAGGAUGUUUGUUUUUAUGUGCAAGGGAAAGGACAACAGGAUGGGUAGCAACCGGAUAACUGGUUUAAUGGGUGCCCAGGCUGCCAUUCUUGGUGACUCCAGAGCACCUGCUCUCAAUUGGGUUGUCAUGUCCUACCAUCCUUCAUUAUUAGUACAUAAUCUUUAGGUGUGCUUCACAGAAAGACUGAUCACUGACACUUUCCUUGAAUGGCUAUGUGAAUGGAUUCUUCUUUGUUCGAUCAGAUUUAAGUACUGGACAUCAACUUUUAAAAUCGAAUCAUUAGAGGAAGGGAUUCUGCAACAGUUCCGCUCCUGCAGUAUCCACAAGAAGAGCUAGGCUGCUAAUUCUACCCUAUGGUACAUAAUGUAUAUGCAUCACAAAUAAACUCCCUUUUCUUAUACUGUG